AUGGCUCAGCUUCCUCUGAGCCUACAGCUCAUGGUAGCAACUUGUACGAGUCGGCUGAAAGAUGUAUAUGAACUGAUCGACCAUGGGCUGAAGUCUCUACGGCAAUCGCAUGAGACCCAGCGUCAAAUCCUGGCGCGGGUGAUGGUGGAUGUGAAGGAUCAAGAGCAAAGACUGUCACAUUGUGCCUCCGAAAUAUCCGAAGAGUACUUCAGGCUUGGCGAAGAUGCUACAGGGAAGGUUUACGGUCUUUUGAGGGAUGUUAUGAGGUUGAUCCAAGAGACCCUACCGUCUCAGUGUCGCCUUGGCUUACGACUUGUUAGACCCAAAUACAAGCAAAAGCUGGAUUCGUCACUCGAUCAGUUAGGCAAGUCUGUGGCUCAAUUACAUUCGUCGGUCACCUUUCUGGCCCAACAAUCUAAGAAAGAAGGACAUAGGAGCCUUACGGAUGGUAUGAGCUCCGCAGAAAUCUCAGUGAGCUCUGGACAAACACCAAACUCCUCACCUAGCUUCUUAGAAGACCUCCGAAAUGUUUCUGAUCGUAAUGAAGUCGAUGCUCAGUCAUCUAUCCUUCGAAUACUCUGGGGACAUCUACCUCAUUGGACUGCGAUCGAAGGUUUGGUGGGCAAUGCUGAAGACCCCGGAGAUGGCUUCAUCUAUGAUCAGCAGUACAUAAACAAGACCUAUUCCAUCUUGACAAAUCUUGGUCGUGCGUGGGAAGCUGUAAAACCCAGCGGAGCUCCUGAGCCUCCAUGUUGCCUCCAAAAGAUGAGCAGGAUUUGCCUCGUGCUUAGGGGGAUUGGCCAAUUCCAGCUCUUGCUAGACUUCGUCAAGUCCGGCUGCACAGACGAUUCUAUGCCCUUCGAUGAGCAACAGCUUUUAGGCAUUUUAGAAGGACCAAAUGUCCGUUUUCUCUCCGUCCUGCUGAGCGAGCAGUACAGAGCGAAGCCUAGGGAAUGGCCUAUUGGCUCCAAUGUUACGUUCAGAGAGGAGGAGCCCAUGCCGUUAGUCUUGGACAGGGAAAUAUCCGUUACUGGCUCCUUUGGGUCGAUCAGUCGGGUCAAAGACCUUGUUACCGGCGUGUUGUACGUGCGAAAGGUGCAAAGAACGGGCCCGGACGAACGAUUCGCAAAGGAAUCCCUGAGACACGUCCAGCAUGAAAUCAAAGUUCUUAAGCAUCUUCAUCACCGCCAUAUAAUCGAACUGGUCAAGACCUACCAGAGAGGCAGCGCUUUAGGGCUGAUCAUAAAACCGGCUGCAACUACUGAUCUAAUGGGACUACUAAAGCGUUACAAGAGGGACAAAUUCGACGCCCAAUAUGCAUGUCGCGAUAGCAUUUGGCUACGGCCUGUUAUGCUUACUGCGUUUGGUUGCCUUAGUCGAGGACUUGACUACCUUCAUUGUAGCCUUGUGCGUCACAAAGAUAUAAAACCGUCCAAUAUACUUUACGAAAAAGCUAUGGCAUCAAAUGGUCAUGCUGCACGCUUCCUAUUAGCUGAUUUCGGCAUUGCUCAUGACUUCAGCGAACACGAAGAUAGCAAAACUCCAGGGGAGAAUCUUUACUCGCCACGCUAUGCUCCUCCUGAACUGUGGGCGGUAUCGAGAGAACACAGAAUAUCGAGGUCGCAUAGUGCAUCGAAGUUGGAAGAUACUACCAACGUGAUGUCUGAUGUUGAUGACAGCUUCCUCUAUCAACCUGCUGGGCGUAGCGCUGACGUUUUCUCCCUGGGAUGUGUCUUCCUUGAGAUUCUCAGCCACAUCACUAAAAGUGAUCUACCUUUGGCAACGGAUGCUGAGGGCAGGACAAGCUAUGCGCGUAAUAUAAAUUUUGCUGCCCUCCGUGUUGGCGCGAGUAUUCGCAAAGGGCUGACGGCCAACAUAUUACGGAAGCUUCUUCUCCUCCCUGACUCCUCACAUCGAAUUUCCUUUAAGGGGAUACGUGUCGGCUCUGCUGUCUCUCACAGGCUGUUCGGUUUGGGGCUUGAACCUAAAGAGAUCAAAGGUUUGGGCUAUUGGGUGCUUUAUGCAAGGUAUGCUCUUCUCGGAAUCGAAAACCUUGAUGGACUGCAGUGGCUUUGA